AACAGCCUGCGGUCGCCUCCGGCUGCAGAGGAGCGCUGGGAGCUCGCUGCACUAGUUGCGGCUCACUAGCUCGUACUGCGGAGUUCAGAGUCCGGCCAGAGGGGAGAAUCGCUGGCGGCGACGCUACAGGCUUUGGAAACAGGAUUAUUUGAGCCUCAUUUGCGGAGAGAUCUCGAGUCCAGUCCCAUGAAGUCCCCCACAGUACAACGCAGCGCCGGGGGCGCGGGGGCUGCCGGUACCGGGGCAGCUCCUUCCUUGGACUCAGUGGUGGCUGCAGACCUGUCUGAUGUCCUGUGCGAGUUUGAUGAGGUCAUGGCUGAUUUCUCGUCCCCCUUCCACGAGCGCCACUUUGAGUACGAGGAGCACCUGAAGAGGAUGAAACGCAGGAGCAGCGCCAGUGUCAGUGACAGCAGUAGCGGUUUCAGCGAUUCGGAGAGUGAGUGGGCUCUUUCUCCCUCGCCUCCCCACUCCCUUCUCCCUUCCCUUUCCCUUUCUUCUUCCCUUUCCUCAUUCUCUCUAGCCCCCUCCCCCCCCUCUUCUUUUUCCUCUGCUGCUGCAGCUUGGAUCAGGGACAGCUCCCUUCUGUCCUCCGACCUUCCGAGGCCAAACAGGAACUCUCCACCUGAGAAACUUUCUCGGCAUUUUUUUGGGGUGAUAAACAGGAGGAGAGGUGGGGGGCUGGUAAUAAAACCUCUUUGUGGGAGGAGGGAAGGGAAGGGAAGGAUGGUCCCUGGCUGGUACAGAAAGAAGUGCAAUUGAGUCAGCACCUCACAUCUGGCCACUGGAUUUCAGCAGGAACAAGAACAGCUGUUCCUUCCAGGGACCUUGGGAGGGCAAGAAGAUAAGAGUCACGUGAGUGUUCUUUGGGGUAAAGAGCUACGUAAACCAGGUCUACCGGCUAGUGGCUAGGGACAUUGAAGGUUAAGCAGGUUUUUUCUCCCCCAAGUCACACAGUAAACCAGUAACAGAUAAGACACGAUCUAGACUAUAGAAGCACCCAGGAAGCCAAGAACUCAUUUCUAAAAAUGGCAUCGUGGGGAUUCUCAAGAUAAUCUCCGGUACUUUUUUUUUUUUAGAUCAGAGCCCCAAACUUGAGGUUUAUGUUAUUAUUCUCUGGCCCUGACACAUAACUUCUGUUUGUCUCAGAUUCCUCACCUGUAAAAUGAGGAUAACAACAUCACCUCCCCUGAAGGGUUGUUGUGAGCUAAAGUCUUUAACUUGGGCCAUAGUAGGUGCUGUAUAAAUGCUUAUUCCCUUCCUCCUUCCCUUGCAUCUUUUGUCUUCUAAGUACAAGUGAUUUUAUAGUCCUCUACUGUAUGGAAACCUUGUCCCAUCCCCCAGGGGGCUCCCACCUCUCCUUGUGUUUCUUGAGUUGUGCCCAACUGGCAUAAUCUAGGAUGGUAAAAAAUAGGAAGAAAGCCAGUCAUGCCAUGAGCAGACAGAAAACUGACUCCAGAGGCACAUGGCUUGCUGAAUUAUGCUUUUUGUCCCUUGCUUAGCUAAUGCAACAUGCUGAAUUUAGAAGCUUGGGUUUGCCUAGUCACUUACCAGCAGAUAUGCUUAUUUUGUACUGCUGGGCUGAGAUCCCAAUGCAAUAUAGAUCAGAGAUCUAUAGCUGGAAAGGACCUAUGAGGUCUCAUUUUACAAAUGAGGAAACUGAGGCAAGAGGAGUAAGGACAGCCUCACCUGAACUAGUUUUCUGUAAGAACUGCAUAGUCACAUAGAUUUCCUGACUCAAAAUUCAAUGUUUUUAAGUCAAUUUAUUAUUAUUAUUGUUAGUUCUUUAAUCAUUAGCAAAAGGAACUAGAUCUUUAAAAACCUGAUUAGGUUUUAGUACUUUCAUGUAAUUUUAAGUGCUUAUAGUAGUAAUAUUUAUGCCUCAUAGUUUCAAAGGAUAUUUAUAUGUUGCCAUUGUUUGGUUAUUUCAGUUGUGUCCAAGUCUUUAUGACUCCAUUUGGAAUUUUCUUGGCAGAUACCGGAGUGGUUUGCCGUUUCCUUCUGACUCAUUUUACAGAUGAGGAACUGGGGCAAACAGGGAUAAGUGACUUGCACAGGGUAACACAACCAGUAAAUAUCUGAGGCCAGAUUUGAAUUUGGAAUGAUGAGUCUUCCUGACUUCAGGCCUAAAGCCCUGUCCACUCUGCCACCUACAUUGUGCAUAUCUACAUUCAUCUUAUUUGAUGCUCAAAAUAACUCUGUAGCAUAGGGGACAGAUGUCAUUGCCCCAGUGUUUCAGACAAGGAAACUGAGGCUCAAAUUCAAAGCAGCUAGUGAAUGUCAGAAUGGGGCUCAAAUCCAAUCCUUCUAGCCUUUUUUUCUCUAACAGCACAUUACUGAUAUUUUCCAUCCCCCCAUUUAUUCCUGAAAUGAACCCACUGAAACUUUACAGUCAUAGAAACAGUUUCAAGAGCUGAAAGGAACUCAAGAAAUCAUCUAACUCAACCCUUUCAUUUUGGAAAUUAAAAAAAAACUCUUUGUGAAUUUUACUUAGAGAAGCCAGGAGCUAUUUUCCCCUUUCCUAGAAGGGAAAAAUUCAGUCAUCAAAUCUGAACAUAAGUUGAUUUUUUUUCUUUUAUGCAGAUAAAGGGCACUUAGUGUCCUAACCCAGGAUUUGAGUCAGGCACUUGACUUCCAACUUUGGUUCCUUUAGCAGCCACAGCCCAGACACAUCAUUUGGAAAAGAAGGAUAAUUCUUACUUCACAGGGAGGUUGAAAAUGAAUUACAGCUUGUAACAGGCGAGGGACUGAAAUAGGUUUUUUAGGACUUUUUUUUUUUUGUAAUUCUUUUGCUAAUAGCCUAGAGCUCUUGCUGAAUAGAGCGAGGGAGUCUCCCUCAGCCUGGGUUUGCUUCUAAUUUGAUCUCAAAAGGAAAUCUUAUAUUUCUUGAAACUUGUUUCUAUUUCUGUGGCUGUACUUGAAUAUGUCAGCAUCAGCCAUGAAAUGAGAUAGAGAGCGAGAUGUGAAAUGCACAUUCUCUCCUACCAAGGCAAGAAAACGAGGACAGUUUGUCCAGUGCUAUUUCAUGGAAAAGAAACAGCUCUUGUUCAGGCAGUGACCACACUCCUCUUGAAUAGAGUAUAAGAUUGCCCAUUCAUAGACUAUCGGGAUUUCUAUUGGGUGGGAUCUCAGAUCCAGAAUCCUUUCUUCUUUCUUUUGUGGACACAGGAAGAAGGCCCUGGAAAACAUCCUUGACCAGCUUUGGGGGAGGUAUUUCCAGUGUGUGAAUGUGUGCAUGUUUUAUCCAGAAUGUGCUUAUUUUUUCUUUUUUGUGUUAAUGAAACUAACCAUUAGAUUGGUGGUUAGAGAAACUAAGAGAAAAGAAUGGAUUAUAGAGUAUACAAAUAAUGCCCCUUCCAUAAUUCUCUUCUGUCUAUUUGCGGUUCAUUAUGUAUAAAAGAGUAGUUGGGCUCAUGGGGUAGUUGGCCUGUCACAGAAGUCAUAAUCUUUUUAAGGGGCUGUAUUUUAAUAUUCAUCUCGGUUGCUGCCAGGAAUUAGCUGCGUGGGGCAUUUGUCAUAUUAAUGAAUUGUUUUUAGUGCCAUAACUUUAGUCAUAUUUAUUAAUAGCUACACCAUUGGAGGCUAGGGAGAGAGGUUAGCAGUCCUGUUCUAUAAGUUGUCCAGAAAGUGUUAGUGAAGUUUUCAGCUUUAAUAGACACUUGUAUCCUUUUUCCAGAUGUACCCCCAAACAAAAACAAAAGAUAGAUAUCAAAAUGUCUCAUUUUAGAUCUAUGAUUGCUUGGCCAUGAAUGAAUCAAGUCAAGUCAAGGGCCAGUUUUUGUGCCAAGUGGUAGAGGUACAAAAACAGGCAAAAAAAAAAAGGAGAAAGAAAA